GCAGAGGGAGGGGGUCCAUACAAUCCCAGUGGAGGGGGAAGGAGCGGACAUAUUACCGAGGAGAGGCCCAGGGAGGCUGCACUGCACACUGAUACCCAGGGCGGGCUCUGCCUUCCUCCCCCGGAGCACACCGGGCCCUCAGCUCUCACCGAGACGGGCAGCAUAAGGGCGUGCAAUGAAUGGUGAUUCAGGUGCCGGGGUGGUAACUUCACCACCUCCAACAAAUGCUCCUCACAAAGAGAAAUAUUUUGAUCGAGUAGAUGAAAACAAUCCGGAGUACUUGCGGGAGAGAAACAUGGCACCGGACCUUCGCCAAGACUUCAAUAUGAUGGAGCAAAAGAAAAGGGUCUCAAUGAUACUGCAGAGCCCCGCAUUUUGUGAUGAGCUAGAAAGCAUGAUUCAGGACCAACUCAAGAAAGGAAAGAACCCUGCAGGCUUAUUGGCAUUACAACAAAUAGCCGAUUUCAUGACCACAAGCGUACCAAGCGUUUAUCCUUCAGCACCUCAAGGAGGAAUGGCAGCUUUAAACCUGAGCCUUGGAAUGGUAACUCCUGUAAAUGACCUUAGAGGAUCAGAUUCUAUUGCCUACGAAAAAGGAGAAAAGUUGCUGCGUUGCAAACUGGCGGCAUUUUAUAGAUUAGCCGACCUGUUUGGAUGGUCUCAGCUGAUCUACAAUCACAUUACAGUCAGAGUAAGCUCAGAACAAGAACACUUCCUGAUUGUUCCAUUCGGACUCCUUUAUAGUGAAGUUACAGCAUCUAGUUUGGUUAAGAUUAAUCUCCAAGGGGACAUGGUUGAUCGUGGGAGCACAAACUUGGGUGUAAAUAAAGCUGGCUUCACGUUGCACUCAGCCAUUUAUGCUGCACGACCUGAUGUGAAAUGUAUUGUUCAUAUACACACCCCUGCUGGGGCUGCAGUAUCUGCUAUGAAAUGUGGCUUAUUGCCUCUUUCUCCAGAAGCCUUGUCUUUAGGAGAGGUGACUUAUCAUGACUACCAUGGCAUACUUGUAGAUGAAGAAGAAAAAGUAUUAAUACAGAAGAACUUGGGACCUAAAAGCAAAGUUCUUAUUCUCAGAAAUCAUGGCUUAGUAACUAUGGGAGAAACUGUUGAAGAGGCUUUUUAUUAUAUUCACAAUCUUAUGUCUGCCUGUGAGAUUCAGGUACGCACUCUUGCCAGUGCUGGUGGACCAGAUAACUUGGUAUUAUUGGAUCCUGGGAAAUAUAAAAAAUCCCGUUCACCUGAGUCGCCAUCUGGAGAUGGGAGUGCACCUCAUCCAAAGUGGCUUGUUGGGGAGCAAGAGUUUGAAGCCCUUAUGCGCAUGUUGGAUAACCUGGGUUACAGAACUGGCUAUCCAUAUAGAUGUCCCGCCCUACGCGACAAGGUCAAAAAGUUCAGUGAUGUAGAAAUCCCAGCAAGCGUUACAGGUUAUUCCUUUGGCGAUGGCGACUCUGGCACGUGUUCUCCUCUCAGACACAGUUUUCAAAAACAACAACGGGAGAAGACCAAGUGGCUGAAUUCUGGUAAAGCUGAUGAUGGCUCCGAAGAUGGGCAGAACGGUGGCAGCCCCAAGUCGAAGACUAAGGUGUGGACGAACAUUACACACGAUCACGUGAAACCCUUGCUGCAGUCUCUCUCGUCCGGUGUCUGCGUGCCAAGCUGUAUUACCAACUGCUUGUGGACUAAAGAGGAUGGACUCAAAGCUGCCACCUCUGCUGUCCCUAGUCUGUUUGUCCCGUUAAACACAGACCCCAAGGAAGUACAAGAGAUGAGAAACAAGAUAAGAGAACAGAAUCUACAGGAUAUUAAGACUGCAGGCCCUCAGUCGCAGGUGUUGUGUGGAGGGGUAAUGGAAAGGAGCAUCGCGCAGAAAUUAUCUGUGUAUAAGGAUGCGCCUCUUUCAGACUGUACGGAAACUAUUGAAGGGCUCGAUUUCACAGAGCAUUCCUUUAGUCCAGCUAAAACCCUCUCAUUUAGAAAGGGAGAACUCGUUACAGCAUCUAAAGCCAUUAUUGAGAAAGAGUACCAACCAAGGGUUGUUGUUAGUACAACUGGCCCUAACCCUUUCAACAAAUUUACAGACCGGGAAUUUGAAGAAUACCGCAAAGAAGUGGAGCGCAAGCAGAAGAGUGCUGACGAUGGUUUCUCAGAGUAUGGCGUCUCUGUUGUCCUGAGGCAUAAUGAAAAUGAUAGAUUAACUGGGGUCCAAAGCCACAAAUCCGAUGACCCCAUAGACUCAGUGAAAGAACAGGGGCCUUCCUCUUGUGCUGACAGUUUGACAAGAAAAGAUGAUGAAAACACUAAAGUGCAUUUGGAGCCUGACCUGGUUUGUAUGAAGCCUGUAAUAGAAGCCACUCCAGAAUUAAAUCUAGACAUCAUGCAACUUACUCUGGAAGAGUCUCCCCAUGAAGACCUUCAUCAUGCUGUUAUACAGGCACUAAACUCCAGCAUGGACUUCUUGCCCAAUGCGUCAUCAGAACCACCAGAAGAGGUAACUGAGCAGAAGGAAGCCACCCUUGACCAUGCUUUAACUCGUACCCCUCCCAGCACACCAAUUAAACAAGAAGAAUCCCAACAAGAGCAGACUUACAAAGAUGACAGUGAUGCUGCAACAUUCAAGCAAACCCUUCCAGACCUCACCCCUGAUGAACCUUCAGAAUCUCUUGGCUUUCCAGCUUUGACAAAAGAAGUUGAUGAAGAUGAAGAAAGCAAGUCUUGUGAAGGAGACCUAGUUAAAGCCCAUGCAGAGUCCACCCAUGAACAAAAUCAAGAGACACAACCCCAGAAUGCUGAUCCUCCCACAACGCCAGAAGCCGAAGAAGCGGCAGAAGCUGCUCAUGCAGAUGGUGGCAGUGAUGAGUCUCCGGGCAAAUCUCCUUCUAAAAAGAAAAAGAAAUUCCGCACUCCCUCCUUCCUGAAGAAGAAUAAAAAGAAGAGUGAAUCGUAAAGACCUGCAGGAACACUGUCAUGUUUCUAAGAGUCAAUCAGUUAAUUAAAUUAACCACUAGAAUGUACCCAAUUUGUAUUGUUUUGUCUUUUCAUUAUAUAAAGGAAUGCAAGAAAACAAAAUAGCUGAACCUGCUAGUUGUAGCCUAAUUGUUAAAGGUUAAGCCAGGAAAUUAACUUCCAUAAGAGGUGCUAACCUGUGUGUUCAGCUGCUUACAGAGCAUUAAAUUUGUAUAUGUUCCUAAAAUAUGAUACUGCAAUUUUUUGUUCCUCUUUUCUAUAUCACACAAUCCAUACCCUUAAUGCUCUUCUAAGUAUUUCAUGAGCAUGUUUUAUUUAGUGCCCACCUACACUCCACAAAAUUGGGUUUAAUUAAAAUUCAUAUAUGCCUUGUUGCGGGGAAAAAGUGAUUAAUCACAGUACCCACUACUCAAGUAACUUGUAAAAUGCUGCUGUAUGAAGCUUUUAGUAACUAGUAAUCUAACCUUACAUGUUUGUACAUUGCCUCUUUCUGGACUUUUUUUCCCCCUUGCCCCAAAACUGGAUCUAAAACCAACAAAAUAAACAAACAAAAAACAUUUAAAAACAAACGGUCUAUAUAUUACCUUUUUUUUUCCCCCUCUCUGAAACGUUCUGCAGUUUAAACAUUCAACAUCCCUUCUCUCUCAUUAUCUGCACAAGUUAUGACAGUUGUUGGGGAAGAAAAAAAUAUUAUAUAUUACACUUCCUCCCCCUCACCCCCCUCAACAAGUGUCUUAAUACAUUAUAUAUACACACAUCCAUCCAUAGAUCAGGGCUGACAAAUAGAUGUUCACCCAUGGUGAGUAUACCAUGGACUCUCCAGGCUUGCCGUGGUCAAUAUUUCUUAAGGCCUGGUUUUCUGUGUAGGACUUGGCAUGUUAAGCCCUGCCAUAGACAGAGCUGCUAAAUGAGACGAGGUCACAUGAAUGCUUGGAAAUACAUUCAAAGCACAAAAAGCAGGUAUAUUUAAGAUAUAAAUAUUCUACUCGAAAGUUUCUAUACUGUUCAACGGUAAAUAUAAAGUGCAAUGUGUGGACCGUUUUGUUUUUUGCAGUAUUUGGUAUUCAUGUGAUGAAUCUGCUUUAAUGUGAAAUUGAGAAGUACAUGUCAUUCUCUACCGUAUAUUAAAGCUCCAUAGUGGAUGUUGGUGUAAUCGUGCUGGCAUAACUAUUGUUAUACUUGGGAAUGGCUGCUUCUGCCUUAAUGACAUAGAAUGAAAGCUCCUGGGGAAAAUCCUUUCUUUUCAUCUGUAUAAUAUUAUUAUCCUUCCUGUAUCAUCUCAUUACAAAACAAAGGUGCAUUUACAAUAAACACGUGAUUUGUAUUAUUCAGCUUUUCUCAAAUGUUAGACUUCUUGCUUUUUACAUAAAUGCACUGAUAUUUUAAACCUGUCGCUUCGUUGUAUCUUUGUUUAUUUAAUAGGUAAUAUUUUGUAUACUUAUUUGGCACUGGUUUUGAGAAAUGUCCCCAAGUAACCCACAAACCUUGCUGUGAGUAGAGUAGUGCACUUUAUAGUGUCGUAUAAAAUGUGACAUGAGCAUUGAAAUGAAUCUGUAGCUUCCAAAAAUCAAUUUUUAUACACUGUUGAAUUAUAUAUCCACAUAUUCACUAGACUUGUGCAAAGAUUAGUAAUACCCCACAGGUAAAUCCCAGAUGAAUUGUUUUUUCCAGCAAUGGAUUUAAAGAACUUUGAUUCGGACGAAGAGGCUGGAAAAUAUUUUUGCACAAAUCCAAUAUUCACUUUUUACUAAAGCUAUGACUCCUUUUAUAGACCAAGAAAGUUUUUUUUUUUCCAACAUAAUUUAGAAUAUUAUUUUGUGAUUAGAGAGCUCUAAUACAAAUUAUCACAAAAUAAGAUGCAUCUUUGGUUUGAGAAUUUAAAUUUCAUUUCUCCAUGCACUGCCCUGCCCUGCAUGUUGUCCAGCAAAAAAAAAAAAAAAAACCAUUUAAAAAAGUGAUAAUCUAUAAUCUGUUUUACAUUUUAGGAAUACUUUUUUUCCCCAAGUCACAUAAUAAGGGAUAAUAAUCCUGUGCAAAUUAACUAGUACAAUUGGGGAUCGUGCAAUGCACACAAAAAUAACCAUAUUAUAAUAUUGAUUGUCAGCCCAUAUUUCUGGUGUUUAUUUUAUAUGCAUUACAUUAUGGUUUAAAAUCCCUUUGAGGAUCUCCAGUUUAAUCUCUCACCCAUUACAUAACAUUCCUACAUAACCUUAAAAAAAAAACAAAAAAAAACCCUAAUUUUAAAAACAUAUUCCGCAUUACAAAAUGCAUUUAAAAAAAUAAUCUAUUAAUUGUGUUUGGUGAAUACAGAUAUUGUAAUCUAAGACAAUAUAAAGGCCAAGCAAUACCGAAUAACAUACCCCAUUUGGAUUUGCAAAGUUUCUUGUUCUGUCUAACAAUUUAUACAUUUUAAAUUGUUCUGUAGGAACAGUACAAACCUUUGACAGCUGUGUUUCAGGAUAUCUCAAGUUUUUUUUUUUUUAACACUUCAUUCAGAAAUGCUGCAUAGCCAAUUUUGUACUAAUUUGUGAAAACUAAAUGCCAGCUUUAUUGAUCCACUUCAAAAAUAGAACUUUCCUUUACAUGUGUGUAAAUUAAAUCAAUGUAGUAGCUUGGACAUUAUCAGUGGCACUGUCCAAUGUCCUCUUUUAAGAGUUUUUCACAAAAACUGACCAAAUGAGAAAAACGUGAAAUACUGUCAAAAAGCCAGUUCUUGUAUCUAUUACAAUCCAUAGAUACGAAGGCAUUCUUUUAGAUUUGUUUUUGUUUAAAGAAAAUUUAAGUUUUUAAAUCUCUGGCUUUUUAAUAAAAAAAAUUUAGCAUGGUUUUCAGAGUGUAUGUUUAAAUACAGUUAUUCGGGUCAACUUGCAGUGAGUUUUUGCUUGCUGUGAUGCCUGUUUUUAUGAAGAAACCAGGAGUGAUCCCUUUAGCAUGCACUAUUGCUAAUUAUCCCUGCUGAACUGCACCAACCUGUGUAGUCUUCAUACAGCUGGGUGUACUUAAUGCUACAACCUGUUAUCACAUAAUGAGAAGGCACUUCAUUUUCAGCUGAGGCAUGCCAUAAAAAUCUAACAUCUUGUACUAUGUUUAGAAUGUUCACGUAUUAAAGUGCGGCUUUUCCAUAGAAUAUUAUUCUUCACCCCUAAACCGUUCCUGUUCAGCACAAUUUAGUGGCAAGCUCACAUAUUCAGAAAACGUAUAAGGACAUUCCCCAAAUCCCUUUGCAAUGCCUGCUUUUAUCUGUAUCUAAUCAUAUACUUCAAUUCACAUGUUAUGGUCAGUUCAGUUGAGAAAACACACACUGCACCCCUUCCUUCCCCUUAACACGCAUUAGAGCACAUCAUUUUUUUUUCUUUGCCACUGUCUAGUUGCUAGCAUCAUGUAGUUAUAGUACAAUACAUUGCUUGACAAAUACUUGCAUUUUCUCCUUCUCUACUUAUGCAAUGUUUUUUUUAGUGUAGUGAUGUACUGAUACACAUUUCAGAAUUACUAAAUUCAUGCAUUUUUUUCCCCCCCUUUAUUGUACUGUUAUUUUACUCAAAAAUAAAAUUCAUUAAACUCUG